AGCAUAUUAAGCGUGCUGCGUCCGCCAGAUUUCCUUGCACCGUAGAGCAUCGGACUCUUCCCGAAUUGAUACAAUGGCAUACCAAUUUACCAAUCGUGGUCCUCUCACGACUAUAUUUACACCGCCUGCCUCAUGUCUUUCCCUUACAACACCUGUAGGUGAGACGUAUCUACAGGUUGGGCACUGGAUCUCAGGCGGGACAGAAUGCUAUCCAUCAAGAACGGGUACUGCUUCUUUUAUCGAUGGUACCACGGAGCAGGGGAAGAUUACUACUCGCCUGCAUUCUAUUGCCCCAGUGGGUGGAGGACUGCAAUAUCUAUACCUGUGGUAUUUCCCUCAAGUAAAGAUGUAUCAGCCUAUCUGUGUUACCCAGCUGGACUCUCCGCGCCUCCUAAUCAACGCAUUUUCGACGACCUUGCUUCCCAAAGGUGUGAAUCUAGAGUUACGUCUGGACAAGUUUUGACGGACCUUUUUGUGCUGGAGUCAUCCUCCUCGAUUCCCGAUGCUAGGACAAUAAGUAGGACGACACUAGGCAUAUCUAGCGCGACCAUGGACGUCGUUGCUAAUGGGAUUGUGAUAAUGUGGAGGCCAGGAGAUAACCCACCAGUAUCUCGAAAACGGCUUUCAGCAGGAGUGUAUCGGCGUGCAAUAGUAAGAAAAUCAGUCUCAGAAUAUACAACCCUCUUCCGCUGCUGGCUCCGUUUCAUAUCAUCAAGUAUACGAAUCGAGAGCACGUCAGAAACUGAUCGCUCACGCUUACCUUGGAGAAUUAUAUCAAACCGGAAGAGAUCCUGCCAUAGCUUGGAAGCGUGAUGAUUCCGAUAGAGGAGAGUAUCUAUUGUGAGCGUGGUAGAGCUAGCGUACGUCAUAUU